AUGUGCUCCCGCCAGGACAAGGACCAGUGCCACCAGCAGGAACGUUCCUGCUGCCACAGUGGGUCUGGCUGCCGUGGAAGCAGUGGCGGAUCUGGUUGCCAUGGCAGCAGCGGAUCUGGUUGCCAUGGAAGCAGUGGCGGAUCUGGUUGCCGUGGCAGCAGCGGUUCUGGUUGCCAUGGCAGCAGCGGAUCUGGGUGCCAUGGCAGCAGCGGAUCUGGUUGCCAUGGCAGCAGCGGAUCUGGUUGCCAUGGCAGCAGUGGGGGAUCCUGCCAUGGGAGGCCACAGGAGUGCCAGCAGCAAAUCUACCAAGUGUCCUCAAACAUGAAGUGA